GGCAGGAGUAGUCAUGAGGAUCUGGGCAGGAUGAAGUUGACCUCUCAAGGGCCUGAGGCAGGAGGCAGCCCCACAGGCUACAGAACGCCAGAGCACAUCUGAUGUCGAGGGAGUGAAGUCUCUCGUCUCUGGAAGAAGGACUUUUGGGGAAAACACAGACCACUGUGGUGUUAUUGUUUGACAUUAUCUAUACAUGGAGUGAGCAUAUGAAGGGAAGGAAGGCCUUGCACUGUGGAUCGCUCAUAACUCUAGUAUGGAAAUUUUUUUCUUAUUAUUUACCUUCCGGAUUUGGGAUGUCACGCUGUGUACAUUGUAAGAGUUAUUUUGCUUAAAAGGAAACUGGUGCCCAAACUGAACGCAGCUGCCACUGGAUCGGAUCACUUGAAAUGAAGACAGCCUUUAGAGUAAUGAAAGCACUGGACAGCCGCCGUCCUUUGCCCCGCUCCUGGCAAUGUUUUACUUCCACUGUCCCCCGCAGUUAGAGGGUGAGUGUUGUGGCACAAAUUCGUGUUCUGCCCCCUUCGGAGGCCACUCCACGGGAGACUUUGACGAUGGCUUCUUACGCAGGAAACAACGCAGAAACAGAACCACGUUCACCCUGCAGCAGCUGGAGGCACUGGAAGCAGUUUUUGCUCAAACCCACUACCCCGAUGUGUUCACUAGAGAAGAGCUGGCCAUGAAAAUCAACCUCACAGAAGCCAGGGUGCAGGUAUGGUUCCAAAAUCGAAGGGCUAAAUGGAGGAAGACGGAACGAGGUGCAUCAGACCAGGAAGGCUCUAAAGAAACAAUGACUGAGGUGGCACCCCCAGUGAGAAAUUUAAAUUCCCCCUCUCCGGUUGAUCAAACUAGGAACAAGAAGGAGAGCCUAGAGGUUCAGCAGAGCCUAAGCCGAUCAGUUGGCCCCACCGGGCCUUUCUUCCCCUCAUGUCUACCUGGGACUCUUCUCAACACAGCCACCUAUGCUCAAGCUUUAUCACACGUCGCUUCUCUGAAAGGGAGCCCUCUGUGCUCUUGCUGCGUUCCAGACCCCAUGGGCCUCUCCUUCCUCCCCACCUAUGGCUGCCAAAGCAACCGCACAGCCAGCGUGGCAGCACUGCGCAUGAAAGCGCGGGAACACUCGGAGGCCGUGCUGCAGUCCGCCAACCUCCUGCCAUCCACCAGCAGCAGCCCCACCCCCCCGGCCAAACCUGGCCCAGAGAACAGCCAGGAUAACAGGUCAUCUCCGGCCAAGGAACAGAUGGAUGGGGAGAAGAGCGUAUGAGGAUGGGUGAUCCCCACCCACCAGCUCCUUGUAACGAACCCUUGGCCUCAACCUCGGAAAAUGCCAUGUAUUGGACUGUGACGUAGGCCCUUCCAAACCAGAUGCCAUGAGGCCACCAUGGAUCCUGAGGAUCCAGAGCAAAUAUGAGAGAACUCCGGCUGCACGUCACACAUCCCUGCUUUCCUGAUGCCGCUGUAGAUUUAUUCCUUUGAUUUAUUGGCACCUUCUGUGUUUGGAACCGUCCGCGAUACCAUCUUUAGCCUCCUUGCAUCCCAGUGAUACCAAAUCAUCGAGGGCUCUGGCCUGCUCCCACUGAACUCAGCGAUGCCCCCUGGCAUUGGCUUUGUCAGGAGCAGGAUUGACCCCAAACACCUUUGGCCUGGCCUGGGACAGUGCCUUGGGGUAGCCCGGGCCUUCCCGGCUUGGAGUCAGGGACAGGGGGGUCUUUACCUGGCUCUGGGCUUCCGUUGCUUGAUGAGCCCCCACUUCCCAGAGGAGUAGCAGCACUCAGGAAUCCCCUGGGUGCCUCUCACAGAGCACCUGCCUCUCAAAAUGGUGGUGCCUAGAAAAUGACAGACAGCUCAGGGGGCGGAAAGCCACAUAUCACUGCCACUGGCCACGCACCUUUGCCUCUGGCAGGGAGGGAGUUGGGCUGGUGGGGGAGACCCAGCAGUGCUAACUAGUGCAGUGCCUUGCAGUGGGACUCCCCAGCUCUGCUCUUGGCCAAGCCAGCCAAAACCACUGAGCCGCAGGGCUCUCACACAGCCUGGCUCCUGCUGCCUCUGGUGCGAUGGGGGAACUAAGCCACAGAGGCACUGUGUAUUUAGGGGCUGCCCUGGCCCAUUUAGCUCUACCCCAGAGGAGAGCUUGUAACCCUUUGUGUGCCAGUUUUGCUUGCUACUUUCCACUGUCACCAACUUUCACUGAAUCUGUCCCAGCCAGCCUUGGUCUAAAAAGCAGAAAACAGUCAAACGCAUUCCUAUCAUACCAAAAUGAGUGAAACGUCCAUCGAGCGUUUCAGCAGAAUACAGUGAUCACCAGCAAAAUGAAAUUGCUAGUGAUUGAAAUCCCAGCACUGGGCUCCAUGUUAAUGUUUUUUCCAUUGUUUGUGAUACUUCCUGUAUCCACUAUAGGGAAUGCUGGAAGUACCACGGUAGCAUGAAUAACUCGCAAGCAGCAAUGUCAGCGUUGUACUGGAGGUGGCAGUCAUUUCUGGGAAUUUAAAGGCUUUUUUUAGGU